UCUCUCUCUCUCUAACUUUGACCUCUGUUUUAGGUUGAUGCUCAUAGCAACCUUGGAAAUCUGAUGAAAGCUCAAGGAUUAAUGCAAGAGGCAUACAGUUGCUAUAUCGAGGCUCUCCGCAUACAACCAACUUUUGCCAUUGCAUGGUCCAAUCUUGCUGGCCUUUUCAUGGAUGCAGGUGAUCUUAACAAGGCUCUGCAGUGCUACAAGGAAGCAGUCAAGUUGAAACCUAACUUCUCAGAUGCCUAUCUGAAUUUGGGAAAUGUUUACAAGGCUUUGGGAAUGCCUCAAGAGGCCAUUGUUUGUUAUCAAUGUGCUCUGCAAUCAAGACCCGACUAUGCUAUGGCUUUUUGUGAGUAUUUUUGUCCUGCUUCUAUACUAAAUUGGCAUAUGUAAUUAUUUCACGUGCUAAAUGUAUCAAGAGGAUUUCCUUUUUCGAUAUUGGGAUUUUAGUUGCACAUAUUUAUGGUGUAGUUCUUUUUGAAAGUAAUACUUGGGGUGGUUUCUAUUUAUUGAUACCCCCCACCC